UGUAAUCACACUUGUUAGUACACUAGGGAUCCCAGAUGGCGGGCCGUUUGCUGGGCAAAAGGCUGGCACAUUUCCUGGAACGCUUCCACCAGGCAGCCUUCAGCCCCAAGUAUCUGUUCUACACCAACAUUGGCAUCUCGGUGGGCCUCAGCAUGGUGGGCGAUGCCAUGGAGCAGACCUACGAAAAGAUGGUAGGCGAGAUACCCGAAUGGAACCGUACCCGCACCGUGCGGAUGGGCAUCUCCGGGUUGACGGUGGGCGUGGUGUGCCACUACUGGUACCAGUAUCUGGACUAUCAUUAUCCGCAGCGUACCCUUAAGACAGUGAUAAUCAAGAUCCUGCUAGAUCAGUUUAUUUGCUCACCAUUCUACAUGGCCGUCUUUUUCCUAACAAUGGCCGUGCUGGAGGACACCACCUGGGAAGAACUGAAGCAGGAGAUCCGGGAGAAGGCUCUUAUACUCUACGCUGCCGAGUGGACAGUGUGGCCUGUGGCUCAGCUAAUCAACUUUCUGCUGCUCAAGCCCCAGUAUCGGGUCUUGUAUGACAACACCAUAAGUUUGGGCUACGACAUCUUUACCUCACAGGUCAAGUACCGCAAGAAGCCCACCGAGGAGGUUGAGCCUAAGAAGGGGAAAUAACAAGAGCAAGAAAUUUGCUAAAAAUGCUUAAUAUUUAAAUAGUAAAAAAUGUGUUGUAUAUAAAGUAGAAUACACACAUAAAAUCUCCCACUAAAAAAAUUGCUAAAUUCCCCAGCUCGUAAUAAAUCAUUCCCUAUGGCCGAGCAUGCUUAAA